AUGUCAAGCCGCAGGGCAAGUCUCAAACACGAACGCAGCGCCUCUACAGCAUCCAGUCGGUCGAGCUCAAGGAGGCCAAAGUCUGCCGGCUCUCCAUCGAAGGCCGAAACAAGGUCUUCAGUACAUGCUACGUCAUUUGGAUUAGAGCUCGAAUUUGUCUUCGCUUUCAAGGAGGAUCUCCUGCAGCAUAUGCUAUCGAAGUAUAAUCUUGGUGCAGACAUCAUCAAGACCCUUACUGCUGACGAGCAUCAACAACUCGUGGCGACUGAGCAAGUGGCCAACGGUGCCCCCGUUCCUGCUUACGACUGUCGCACGAGGACCCCUUCAUGGGCAUUGCACGUCCCAGAGACGGACCUGACCUGUCAAACGAAACAGUUCAAGGGCAUGGGUUUCAUUAGGUCAGAUAAUGGGAGGAUGUGGGUGCGCCGAUAUGUGAUGGAGCCACUCUUAAUUGCGAGGGAUCUCCUUGGCGACAGAGGUCUUGGUGCUAAUGUCGUAGGGUGGGUUGAACCCCAUCCUGAAUGGCGGGAUGAUAUCGAAGUGGCUACUAUCACAUUUCCAGACCGAAGCGGGUGCGAUGCAAGCACCAUCCUACGAAGAGCUAAUGUGGACUAUACGAAGUGGACGCUAACAAACGACCAUACUCUGGUAGGAGCACUUCCAAGUCAGCUUCACGAUCAUUUGAGGGAUCGAGGGGUGCCGGAGGACAACCUUGAAGAUUGGGAUAGCCAUGGCAUGGAAAUGAUCUCUCCGAUAUUCAGCCUCAACAAGAAGAGUCAAGCAUUUGCAGAGCUUGGCAGAUAUGUCCAAGCAUUGAGUGAGGAGGGCACUUCGGCUCUGGGAUCUGUGUGGUCGAGCGCACACGUGCACAUUGGGUUCAACUUCGACAAGCCAAAGGACAUGCCUAUACUGCUACUGCAACAUCUGGCAUAUAUCCUGGUUUUACACGAGGACCUCAUAUCGAAAUGCCAUCCAAGGAGUCGUUGCGGAGUUCCCAUUCCUCAGAACGAGUACGAGGAACCCGAGGUCGGAGGCUUAGAAGACGAUGAGGAUUUCGACCCAGAUAACUACGAGCCGCCGCCACCACCACCAACGGAGGAGGAAUUGGAACGAGAAAACGAACAAGCAGUCCUUGCGUUCGAGGCCGCUUACACCGGCGUCCAGCCGGGCGCAGAAAACGUCUGUUCAAAUGCUCGAUAUCUACGCAAAACGCUCGCAUCAGGAUCACUACUUGAUGUGAAGGACGCCAUCUUCAAGCAAGACGGAGAUAUCUUUGAUCUGGUCGACCUCCUCCAACAUCGAGAUGCGAAGGGUAACACGUACAGAGGAUACAUGUAUAACUUUGCCAACCUCGUCAAUCUGGCGCGCAACGAGACGAGUUGGAAAUCCAUCAAACCCACUGUUGAGUUUCGUCAGCACGCCUGCACAACAGACCCUGCUGUACUGGAAUGUUGGGUCACGUUGCUGGAGGCUAUCAUUUGCAAGACUGACGACAACGCUGCCCGAGCCGUUGCAGGGGAUAUGGUGGGGAAGACGUACACUGAGCAGGAAGCUAGUAAAUACCCUACUUCCACCGAGGCAACACCUUGGCCUUGUCGGGAUAUGAGGACGUUCUGCACAGAGUUGCUCGGCCUGAACGAGAACGAGGCUGAAUACUGGCAAGGGAGGUUCAACAUGUUCAAGGAUGAUCGACCCUAA